AUGUUGCCCAUCGAACUCGAGCGCGAGAUAUUCGAAACAAUGGCACUUAUGUUUCCGAGAAAAGCCCCAAAACUCCUUGUUGUCUCGCACUACGUUUUUCAAUGGAUUGAACCACUGCUGUAUCGAGUUUUAAGAACCGACCAUGCACCAACGUCGACCGCCAUUCAUCAGGCAAUGGCAACGCAGCCCCCAGAAUUCCUUCGUGGCCGCGUUCGGCACCUAUACUUCGACUGGUCCUGGAUGCAGGAGGACUGUUACUUAGUUUUGGAUCAAUGCACUGCUAUAACCAGUUUUGCGGCCACUUUGCACUUCUCUCCCACCCGGAUCCUACCCCUCAUUGAUGCCCUGGACAACUUGCACUACUGGAACUCCAGCAUGCGGGCAAUCUUCGGGGAGCUUGAGCGGGUGGACCUCAGUCGAAAAGGCUUCCAAAACAUUACGCACAUGCAUAUGUUUGAUUUGCUUGAGGACGAACACCUUGCGAUGGCUUCCCAACUACUGCAACUUCCACGCCUUACACACCUUGCCCUCAACAAUCCGCCUGACCUGAUAAGUGGCUCGCUGCUUCGGGGCUGCAGGCACCUCUUGGUCUUUAAUCGUAUCUUGACGCAAAGCGUCACUUUGGACCAAGCUAGGGAGAUGGCAAAUAAGCUCCCUUUCGAAGGUCAAGAUGAAAGAUAUCUUGUUUCCUUAUUUCCAGAACGUUAUUGGGAUGACUGGACCAACGGCGCUUUCGGCGGAGAGGACAUAUGGACGAGGGCAGAAGAUUUCCUUGCAAAGAAACGCAGAGGAGAGAUAAGCGCUUCAUGCUAUCUCCUUGAGGCUCGACAGUCUCGUGAGGACUGUUUCCAACUUCUGGCCCUAUGCUCUAAUCUUCAUUCGUUUGCAUGGACGGGUCCUUCCUUUGCAGCCUUAUCGCCAGUUCGCUUAUUGUUUCUUCUGGACGGUUACCCCAAUCUUCAAUACUUCAAUGGAAGUCUCAACGCUGUAUUCGGCAGCGCCAACGCUUUCGACCUUGGACAUUCUGCCUUUCGCAAUAUCACGCAUAUGCACGUUUUCGAAAUCGUCGAGCCCGACGACCUGCGAAUCCCCAUCGCACUUACGGCCGUUCCCCGCUUGACACAUCUGGCGCUCAAUAGUGUCAAGCUUAGCAUUGCACGCUACUCUGAGGGAAUGCCGUCUCUUGCAGGCUCUCGUGCACCUCGCUCCGAGUCGGCCUGGAGUUUCACUGCGCGAUGCGAGAUUGGCUGA